AUGGAAGAAACAUCUCAUCCUCUCGAAGCGCCUCAAGGCGACCAUGUCAAAGUCGAACCGUCCAUGGCCCCCGACCAUAAAUCACCCUCGAAUCCUACUACACUCGCCCCGCAACCACUUCCGUCGAAAGCGCUGACCACGUCGGCUGUGAUUGAUGCGACCCUCAAGUUCUUUGCGAAUGCGAGCAAUGAGACCCUCGGGGCCUGCGCCGUCGGCCUCUGUGCCUCCACCUACCUCGUUCUGGGGAGAGUCGGUUUAGUUCUCAUUGGCGCAGUUGGUGGCAUCGUCCUUCAUGCGACGUGGGAAAAUCAGUAUGGCGGAAAACUGGAAGGCGAAAACCAAGAGAUCAACAGGAGAAGGAAAGAGCUGGGCAUUGAAGUCGCACAGAGAGUGCUGGAUUGGCGAGAAGGGAGACGGAAGACCAAGGAUGAAGAGGACGAUAGUCCCAUCGACUCCAAGCUCGAGUUGAAGAGACUGGAUUACUCCGACUUCGAACCUGAGACGAGAGCCGCACUCAACAACCUGACCGAUGCUGUCAUAAGAGACUACGUCAAACUGUGGUAUAGUCCACUGCUUCCCAGAGACCAGUCCUUUCCAGCUACGUGCAGACAGACCUUCACGAGCUUCGUCCUCUCCUUCUCCAACCAUCUCUCCCGCAAACGGACUGCCGAUCCCGUCCUCGAUUUCUUCGCCAAUUCGACCUCCAUCAUCAUUGUCUUCCUCAAUGAACUCUCCACCGCCCUCAAGGCGUCAUCUAAUCAGGAUGCCGAGACCGCCGUGAAGACCUAUCUACAUUUUCAGCCCGACAGUAAUUUGGCCAAUGUACUCAGCAGGGAACAGCAAGACCGUAAGCUCAAUCUCGUCGCGGAUGAUAUCUUGCAGAACUUCCUCGAGCCCAAGUCCUACAAUUGUCCUCCGGUCAAGACGUUCUUGAGGGAGGUGUUGGCCGGACUGGUGCUAGAAACCACCAUUGACAUGUGCUCGAAACCAGAGUUUAUCAAUGGUUGGAUUGUGUACCUGCUGCAGGAUGGCGAACCCGAACUCAUGAAUGCUAUCGAUGCUGGGGUUGAAGAUAUGAAUGAGGCCAUGUCGCAAGCUAAGGAGAACGUCGAUGCCGGCAAGGACCGCGACCGCCGCAUGAGUAAGGCCGAAGAGGCCAUGCAGGAAGCCAUGCGGGAAGCUCAGAGACUGAACGAGAUGAUUGCUGAGGAUGAGGCCAGGCGGAAACGCGGACUGGUCUCCAGCGAGCCCGAGGAAACCAGUUCCGUCGCCACCAAUGAUGUCGGAAUGGCUACACCGUCCUCCUCGGACAGUGAUCGGAAUCGGCAUGGAGAACAAUCUUUGGACACAUCCUUGGUCUUCGACAAUGACGGCAAUGCCUACCACUCGUCAACUCCAAGCCCCAGCAAAGAACAAGACUCCUUUACCAAUUUUGACCAGUUGGCCGAGACAGUCCCAAACGUGCUACCACCUGUGUCGACUGCUCCGGCGCCUGUCGAAACCAUGAUGGCAAUCCCCUUGACAUUGCACAACGCCUCGAUCACCAUGCUUGACCUUGGCGACCUUAACGAACGAGCCGCGUUCCGACAGAAGCCGAAUAAUGAGUAUUUGCUGCAAAUAGAGCCUGCAUCGCAUCGCUACCCCGGCUGGAUGGUCUCACGCAAGUACACGGAGUUCGAGCCCCUUCAUCAGACCCUGACCACACUCGCUCGCAUCUCAGGCGUGCCGGAAUUCGGGCAAAAGUAUCCGAACUUGCCUACCUGGAGAGGCCAGACGAGCGCGACACUCUCCCAAAGCCUGGAGGCCUAUCUGAGGUUCGUUGUCAAAUAUGAGCCGUUGGCCGAAACGGAAGCCAUGAAGAAAUUCCUCGACAAAGAGACCGGCCUUCAAAAGGCGCCUGCGCAGAGCAAGAAUGUUCUAGUACAGGGAGGCGCUGCACUGGAAAACGUUGGCAAGAACUUCAUCAAUGUCUUAGGACAGGGCGGAAAGAACAUUGCUGGCGGCGGCAAGGCCGUGCUAGGAGGUGUACAGGGAGUCUUUGGAGCCGUGGCGACCGGUGUUGGAGGAGGCCCGAAGAGGCUUAUUGCAGCAAGACCUACGCCGUCAAGAACCCACACGGGACAAUCGUCCAACUCGGUUUCGCGGAUGAGCCAGGAACUGCCGCGACAAAGCACCGACAGUUUUGAGAAGCCGCCCCCCUUACCCGCGCGACCCAGUGCUCGAGUCGCUGUUUCGGAAGAUAGUGCUCAAUCACCGAUCAGCUUGAACGAAUCGGGCCUUGAAUCAGAAGAAGCCAUAUCAAUGCCACCGCCACCAAGUGUCAUCUCAGACGACUACCAACCAAUAACACUCCCUAGACCAGAGACGCCGCCACGAUCCCGCCAAGAUACCAUCACGGCCAAUCCAUCAACGCCUGCUCCAUCAUUGAAAUGGGAAGACUCGGGCUCGGCGCCCUCCACGACCAAUGCGCCGGCAAAGACACCCUCGAGACGAGCCAAAAAGGAUUUCCCAGUCUCGGAAGAAGAGACCCGGAUCCUGAUAGAACUGAUCUUCGCCAUCCUUACUGAGCUCUACUCUCUCUCGGGGGCGUGGUCAAUCCGACUGUCGCUCCUCGGUGCAGCGAAGACGUUCCUCCUGCGACCAAACAAUCCGCAACUCGAAUCCAUCCGUGUAUUACUGCAAGAAAGUGUUCUCGACACGAAUUUCUCCGAUAAGGGAUUGGCGAUGCAUAUCAAUACUCUGCGGUACAAUACUCUACCCACCGAGGAAGAGAGGUCCACGUGGCCGAAAGAGUUGACCGCGGGAGAGAAGGAGAAGCUGCGUCUAAAAGCGCGGAAAUUGCUCAUUGAAAGGGGUAUGCCGCAGGCCUUGACCAGCGUGAUGGGCACAGCCGCCAGUGGAGAAGCGCUGGGAAAAGUGUUUGACUGUUUACAGAUGGAGAAUGUGGCCAGGGGGUUGAUCUUCGCGCUUUUGCUACAGGCUAUCAGGGCUACCACGCAGUAG